AUGUCUCACUUUUCAUUAUCUCAGGUCCGCAGUGAAAUCAUGAGUGCUCUGCGAAGAGAUACAACUCUGGAGACAGCUCUGAACCCUUACGCUUAUCGGCGCACGAAGAGGCAAUCACUUCGAGAAGCGAGGGUGACUGAAAAGCUUGAGAAACAGCAAAAGAUGGAGCAAGAAAGGAAACGCCGCCAAAAGCACACUGAUCUCAUGCAAGCAAUCAUUCAACAUGGACGAGAAUUUAAAGAAUAUCACAGAAAUAACCUUCUCAAGACACAGAAAGUGAAGAAGGCGGUCAUUACCUAUCACCAGAAUAACGAGAGAGAAAGGAAGAAGGAUGAAAUCAAAAAUGAACGGCUUCGUAUGCAGAAACUCAUGCAGGAGGAUGAAGAGGGUUAUCGUGCAUUGCUGGAUGAGAAGAAGGUAUGCUAUCAAUUUUUUUCCGCAAAUGUGCGAACAUGAAU